AUGUUGCUCAUAUCCUCGACCACCCUUCACGGCCGUCUUCUGUCCAUUGCACGACUGUACUCGGCAUCUGUCAAGAUGGUCGGCACACGCUCCUCAUCGCGCGCCAGCGCUUCAAUCGUAUCUGCCUCUACCAAAUCCAAAGCGACACCCAGCACCUCAUCAUCCAAAUUCCCUUACGACCUCCCCUACCCCUCACUUGACCUUCGCGCACAUCCACACCUCUACCGUACCGGCGUCGGCGAGCAAGGCGUUCUCAUGGUCGAGCCGUACAAAUCGGAACUUCUCCCACAUUGGAGGUUCAAAGAUCCGCCCACCGCCACCGCAUCCUCGACCAAGCUCCACUCGAUCUUCCUGUCGUACGUCUCGGAAGCCGACUUCGUCGGUGCAGACAUGGCACGCAAGUUCAUCCAAAUGGGUUACACGCGAGCGAGAAGAUAUGCAAAUCACAGAGGCGGUAAGAAGUACAUCUACGAUGAUGUGAACGGAAGUAAGACGGGUAAGAGGAGGGAGAUUGCAAGGUUGGAGGUGAAGGAUCAGGAGCCGAACAAGGUCGAAGCUGCGCGGAUCUUCAAGACGGUAUUGGACGAAAAGGUCUGGACGAAUGACGAGUACGUCAGGAUGAGAGAGGAUCAUAACAAGUGGGCCAAGACAAGCCCGGUCUUGACAGAGGACUGUGAAGAGGUACGCAAGGCCAUACUCGAGGAUCCGAAGCAGCAGAGGGUUGCGAGGAAGUGGUGA